AAUAAUUCAUUAUAUUUACAAGCAUAGUUUUUGUUGAACCGAGAACAAAUACUUACGGGUUUUUACUUCUUUGACUAGAAUGUCAUCAAAAAUGCCACGAAAAUCUCUUACGCCGGCGGAAGAAAUGGCAAGACGCAAAAUAGCUAGAAGAAGAUUGAGAGCUUUAAUACGAGAAGUGUAUGAUAAUAGGUAUUGGUUGGGAGAGUUUGAAGAGACUCGAUUAAGUGAAAACGUCACGAGAAAUAUUCUAUUACUGACGAAGAAAACGAAAAUUUUAAGUUCUCUUACCAUGUACGAAAAAUCUAUUUUACGAAAACCAACUGCAUGGCGAACAGUGGAAGAAAGAAAACAAUUAAACAAGGUGAUCGGUGGUCUCAAAUAUUUCAGGAGGUAUCCACCGGAGGUUAAAGCCGCUUUGGCUGCCGUUACUUUUUUUGAGUACUAUCCCCCAGGUCGUACUCUUAUUAGGCAAAAUCAUGAGCCAACAGCUAUGUACUUCCUAUUGUCUGGCGAAGCUAGCGUAGAAGUAUCCCAUUACGACAAAUUUUUAAAAGAGUGGAUUUCUGAAAAUACCGGAGUAUUAGGUCCAGGAUCGACUUUUGGAGACGUCAGUUUACUUCAUAAUAUCAAAAGGAUGGCUACGUAUAUAACUGCAACACAUUGUGAACUUUUGGUGAUCAAGAAAGACGACUUUCAUUCGAUUAUUAGGGACUAUGUGUUAGAAGACUGGAAUCAAAUACAGGCAAUACUAGAUAAAUUCACUUAUUUUAAGAACUGGGAUUCGGUGACCAAGAGGGAAGCCAGUAUCUUAACUAAAAUGAAGACUUACAAAGCCGACGAAAUAAUUUUGGGCGAUGCAUUUGGAUCUCCACCCUACGUACACUUCAUUACGAAAGGUUCUGCUUGUCUGAUCGAAAACAUCCAAGUCCAUAAAUGCAACGCUACCGGUGUAGACGUCUACAAGCUCACGGUACCGGAAGAAAUAUCUGCUGACAGAUUAUCUACCAUCACGCAGAUCUUUUAUAAAUAUCGAAAAUAUGUAACAUCCCAAGACACUCAAAUGUCGUCAGAAUUGCACUUCGAUUACGUACCGUUCGAAGAUAUGUACAUUUUUACAAGAUCUCCCAGUCAAAGGACCAAAGAAUCGAGAUCCUUCAAGAAAUCAAUAUCACCACUACCUUCGACGCUACAAGAAAUGAUAAAGUUGUCAAAAACGCAUCACGACUCGGGAAUGUCAUCAAUCUUUUCGGAAACGUUUUCGAAGGAACUACACAUUCACAGGAACCGAAAAGUCGAAUGUAGAGAGCAGACGCAUUUUAUGAAGGUAUGUGAAUAUUUGCCAGGCGCUUGCUUUAGUGUCGGUGAAAAAUUCGAGCGAAGAAGAAUCGUAGCUAUGACGCCUGUUACUUGCCUUUUGUUACCCCGUUACUGGAUUCUACGAAAUAAUAAAGAUGAAGUAUGGACCAGGGUAACCCAAUUUUUGGACAGGCACAUCCCGAACACUAGAGAAAUCUUCAAACAAUUUGUCCACGAACAGAAGUUUAAGAAGUACAAAAAGAGACUAAUUCGAGACAUUUUAAAUGAAAGAGCGGUCGAUACCGGAAAUUCUAUCCAUAACGUUCCGUACAGUAUAAGGAUGCAGCAAGGUGUUGAUACGGACUAUUUCCGAUAACAUCGAACAGUUUUAGUAUACAUUUAAUUUACAAAUAUUUACUUAUGUACGUUUAUUUAAGUACUAUUUUUGUUUUAGACAAUAAAACAAUUUUUUUAUUAA